AUGACCAGUAAUCAACUCGUAUUCAAUGUGUUAUAUUUUUCAACAUAUGCAGGCCAACUUUUACAUAAUAAUAGCUUAGCUAACUUGCAAUUAAAUAAUCCAGAUACUACUUAUAGCGAUAUUUAUAGUGCUAAUGAUUUUUUUGGUACUACUGGAACUAAAAUUUUCAAUAGUUAUACUUAUCUAAAUAGCAUAUAUUCAUCUUUAGGCAUAAAAGAAAUACAUAGUAAUAGGCUAGAAGAGCUGAAAAAUAUAUUAGAGAAAUAUUAUAAAAAUGAUGAAUCAGAGAAGGCUCUAGAAAAUAAAUCAAGAGAAGCUCAAAAAAAUAAAUCAGAAGAAGCUUGGGAAAAUAAAUUAGAGAAAGCUUGA